AGGCACCUAGCCAGCUUAUAGCCCAGGCGCUAGUGAGAGGGGACAGUGCUCAGCGCGGAGCAAGCAGAAGCUCUGACACUCUAGCAGCCAAGGCCACCGACCGAGAACCUGGCGAGCACCAUGAGCAACAAAUAUGAUGUGAUCGUGGUGGGGGGCGGCAUCUCAGGUAUGGCAGCAGCCAAACUCCUGCAUGACUCUGGCCUCAGUGUGGUGGUUCUGGAAGCACGAGAUCGUGUGGGAGGCAGGACUUACACAAUUAGGAAUGAAAAUGUUAAAUAUGUGGACCUAGGAGGAUCUUAUGUUGGGCCAACCCAAAAUCGUAUCUUGCGGUUGGCCAAAGAGCUGGGAUUGGAAACCUAUAAAGUGAAUGAAGUUGAACGUCUGAUCCACUAUGUAAAGGGAAAACCAUAUGCCUUCAGGGGCCCAUUCCCACCAGUGUGGAAUCCAAUCGCCUACCUAGAUCAUAACAAUCUCUGGAGGACAAUGGAUGAGAUGGGGGAAGAGAUUCCCAGUGAUGCUCCAUGGAAGGCACCCCUUGCAGAAGAGUGGGACUACAUGACAAUGAAAGAGUUGCUAGAUAAGAUCUGCUGGACCAAAUCUGCAAAGCAACUUGCCACACUCUUUGUGAACCUGUGUGUCACUGCAGAGACCCAUGAGGUCUCUGCUUUGUGGUUCCUGUGGUAUGUAAAGCAGUGUGGUGGCACAACCAGAAUCAUCUCAACAACCAAUGGAGGGCAGGAGAGGAAAUUUAUUGGUGGGUCUGGUCAAGUGAGUGAGCGGAUAAUGGACCUCCUUGGGGACCGAGUGAAGCUUGAGAGGCCUGUGAUUCACAUUGAUCAGAAUGGGGAAAAUGUUGUUGUGGAGACCUUAAACCAUGAAAUAUAUGAGGCUAAGUAUGUGAUUAGUGCCAUUCCACCUGUUCUGGGCAUGAAGAUUCACUAUAGUCCACCCCUGCCGAUGCUAAGAAACCAGCUGAUCACUCGUGUGCCUUUGGGUUCAGUCAUUAAGUGCAUAGUUUAUUAUAAAGAGCCCUUCUGGAGGAAAAAAAAUUUCUGUGGAACCAUGGUUAUUGAAGGAGAGGAAGCUCCAAUCGGGUACACAUUGGAUGACACCAAACCAGAUGGUACUUAUGCCGCUAUAAUAGGCUUUAUUCUUUCUCACAAAGCUAGAAAACUGACACGGCUUACCAAAGAAGAAAGACUAAGGAAACUUUGUGAGCUCUAUGCAAAAGUUCUGAACUCCCAAGAAGCUCUGCAGCCAGUCCAUUAUGAGGAGAAGAACUGGUGUGAGGAGCAGUACUCUGGAGGCUGCUACACAACCUACUUCCCUCCUGGUAUCAUGACCCAGUAUGGAAGGGUUCUACGUCAACCAGUAGGCAGAAUUUUCUUUGCAGGCACUGAAACUGCCUCACACUGGAGCGGCUACAUGGAGGGGGCUGUGCAGGCUGGGGAGAGAGCUGCCAGAGAGAUUCUGCAUGCUGUUGGGAAGAUUCCAGAAGAUGAGAUUUGGCAGCCGGAACCAGAGUCUAUGGAUGUUCCUGCACAACCCAUUACAAGCACCUUCAUGGAGAGACACUUGCCUUCUGUGCCAGGCCUGCUAAAACUGCUUGGAUUGACCACCAUCUUUUCAGCAACAGCUCUUGGUUUCCUGGCCCACAAAAGGGGCAUGCUUAUGCGUUUCUAAAGAUGAGCCUUCCACAUACAGUCUUCUCAUUCUGUGUGGUAUGAAGGCUUUGGGAAGGGGUUGUUAUAAAAUCUUAAAAGACACAGAAAAUGAAGCAUAGUAACUUGUUUUCCAUUUUGGUUGCUUGUUAGCACCCCUACUGUGUUCUUCCCAUUUCCAUCAUUUCUGCCCUCUGAACUUUUAGAACAGAUACACAGACUUGCUCAAGUUCCUUGCUUGCUCACAACUUAACUGGCUGUGCAAAGUUUUUCUUUUUUUUCCAAAACUCAAUGGCUUUGUGCCUUUCUUUCUUCCUGUGUGUUAUGUCCUUACCUAUUCAAGUCCAUUGCAUUUGUGCUUACAAUUCUGUCUUGUCACAACUGGAGGACAUUAAAUACCACCUGAAGCUCAUCCUUUAUUUUAGAAUUGAAUAAACCAAAUGCAAUAGAGGUGAAACUUACUCCACAAGGUCUACAGUAAGCCCCCAGUAUUUGGGUGACUGGAGAGGAUACAAGUUGAUGCUUUCCCCACCUCCCAAGAUGUAUUUCCCAAUCAUCCUCUACCGUAUGCCAUCCGUAGUCACUGGUGGUUGUUUCUAUGUGGAUUUACUCUGUAUUAACUGGUAUCAUGCUACUCAGUAGAUAUCAUGUGGUUUUGCUAUUUUGUGGUGUAUUGCCAACUGAUUUUUAUUUUUCUUGAGGGUGGAAGUCUUAUCUUUCUCAUUCUUUUGUAUCCUCCAUUAUGCUCCCAUUCAUAGAUUAAGACACACUUAGGUAAUUAAAAAUAAAGCUGCUUCAUCA